GUAGUCCUAAACAAACGGAUGCGUGUAAAAUGGUGCAAUGCAUUAUAGGCGUCUGUGGAUGGCACCUCUUAGGCGUUCACCAAGGUCGUCCAAGCUUACAUGCAGAGCCGCGUCAAGGACGUUUGUCCGCCACUUAGCUUAGCUUUUCAUAUAACCGUGUUGAUCGGUACCCUUGGAUACGUCGUCAACGCUGCUGAGGUGCCGACUGCGCCCACCGUGGAGCAAUAAAUUCCUCCUGUUACCCUCAGUUGGUGGAAACAAUGGAUCAGGGAAGAGUACACGGUACCCACCAAUUAGAUGCGGCUUUGUCCAUGCGCCCACGGGCGGCGCCUCGGCGUCACGGUCGGCCCAACACGGAUACGGUGAAGCUGCUGAUGCUGGGCUAUAAGCAGGAGCUAGCCCGCGAGUUUACGCUCUUCAACACCUUUGGAGGCUGUUUCAACAUGCUCAGCACGUUCACCAGCAUUGGAGGUGCAUACGGUAUUGGCGUCAUCUUUGGAGGGCCCGUCGUCAUGAUGUGGGGCUGGCUGGUGGUUACGCUCUUCACCGCCUCGGUAGCGCUGAGCAUGGCUGAGCUGGCCUCCGCCUACCCGACCUCCGGUGCGCUGUACUACUGGUCGUACAAACUAGCGCCGCCGCGGCUCCGAAACCUGGCGUGCUGGACAACUGCUUGGACCCUCAUCUUGGGCCAGGCCGGCGCCUCGGCCAGCGUGUUCUACACCUUUGUACACUUGUUGGCGACAGCAGUGGAGAUCGAAUAUGGCUUUGAACUCACCCCGGUGAAACAGUUUGUCAUCCUGCUGGGCCUAUCCGUGCUGAUAGCUGUUCUAAACUGCGGAACGGCGCGGCUCACGGCCUACAUGACCACUCUAGGCGCCAUGUGGCACCUCAUCGCACUGGCGGCCCUGUGCCUGUGCGUUCCGCUCCUUGCCCCUGCCAAGCAAUCCGCAUCGUACAUUUUCACAUCCUGGCAGCCCAACACUGAAAUCACCGGCAUCACAAGUCCGGUCUACACCGCCCUCGUGGGGCUGCUGAUGUCGCAAUGGUGCCUCACGGGCUUUGACGGCGUCACACACCUGGCCGAGGAAACCUUCCAUGCCGAGUGGAACAUCCCACGCGCCAUCGUGCUAACCCUGAUUGGUGUGGCGGUGACGGGAUGUGCCCUUUUGGUGGCCCUCCUUUCGGUCAAACUGGACGUUGAGAUGCUCCUUGACGUUGAGAAUGAGACCCAUGGGACCAAUGUGCUGCUCCAGAUCCUCAUAGAGAUUGGCAAAGAGUACGGCAGCAUACGAAGCGGAGUGGUGCUGUCCACAAUUCCCAUCGUUGGAACCUUUUUCUGCGCCAACCAGGUCAUCGCUAACAAUUCCAGGAUGCUGUAUGCGUUCGCACGAGACAACGGUGUUCCGUUCGCCAACUUCGCCAAGCAAGUGCACUCGCGAACCAAGACGCCCGUGUGUGCUGUUGUGUACAUGAUAGUGCUGGUCACCCUGAUUGCUAUCCCCAUGUGCUUCAACUAUUACGUGUUCCUCGCGGUCACCUCCUUUGGGGUUGUUGGCUGCUACAUCGCCUACGCGCUGCCCGUGCUGUGCAAGCUCUCCACGGGUCGGCGCUUCUUUCUGCCAGGGCCCUUCUUCCUGGGUCCUCGGCUGUCCUACGUUAACAACGUCAUCGCCACGCUCUGGGUGCUCACCGUAACGGUGCUCUUCACACUGCCACAAUUCUACCCAAUAACGUUGCUCAACCUAAAUUGGGCUGCACCUAUUCUCAUUGCCGCCUUUAUGUUCUGUUUUGGAUGGUACUACUUUCCCAAGUACGGCGCUCGCUAUUGGUUCCUGGGCCCCCGCGCCAACCUGGGCCAGUUCAAGGACGAGCUCCCCUCCGAGCGAGCGCGCAAGGUAGCGGAGGCGGAAGCGGCAGCGGCAGCAGCGGCCGUAGCAGCAAGCAGGGCAGCACGCGCGGCCGCAGAGGCUACGGAGCUCAUGACGCGUGUGGCUAGGGGCUCCUGCGGCGGCAGAUCCCCCACUGGCAACGGCCAGAACAUCAGCAGACGCAGCUCCCGCCAUUCCGGCGGCAAAAGCCGCACGGUCACCCCCUGCGGGACGGGAACGGGCGCCUUGCCAGCGGAGGCCACCACAGCAGCCGCUGCAGUGGCAGUGCUGUGCGGCGUGCCUCCUCCUGCAUCACAAGCACCUCAAGGUGAGGACCUGCCUCCCCAAGCGGCUCUCACCAGCAACACGCACACCAGCCUGAUGCGGACACCCAUCAGCGGAGCCAGCUCAAGACGGCACUCUGCCAUGGGCCUCAUGUACGGUGCGCCAUCCACCAACAGCGGUGCGAACAACAUCAACUCAUUCCUGCUAGGCAUGGGCCCGCGUGCUGCAGAUGACUCUGGCGUGAGCACCAGUGGCAUCGGAGUGGACGUGGCGUCAUCGGAAUACCCGUCUUGGGCGGGCGAAGGCAGGACGGAGGGACGGGUGCCCGCGACCGCCAGCAGACGGACCCUGCCUCGCAGUCGCAUACACUCUCAGAGCCUCAACAUGCAACCGCUGUUCGCUUCAACAGGCGGAACAGGAGGCCUUGAUCGCAACUCGGGCCUGAGCCGCGACCGCCUCUCAUCACUCCUGAUGUUUGGCCCCAGCGGCAGUUCCACGGGGGCCGUUCCGCACCUCCUCAUUGGGGAGCCCCUGUUGGAUGUGGCCGAAGGCACGGAGGGCGGAGAAGCGCACGAAGGAGUUCUCGACAGCAGCAGCCUGCACACGCGAGCUCGGAUACGACGAGCAUCUGUGAGUGUGUUGGCGCUGUUGGGUGCCCCGGCUCCUGAGGAGGAAGACGCCACGGUCAUGGCGGGUGAUGCCGCCGCUUCCGCCCUGCAGCUGCCGCUUCGUGAACGUGCUACCACUGGCCAUGCGCCCGCUGCUGCUACGCUAGGUUCGGGGCCUUAUCAGGAUGACAUGCAGUGUCUGGACAUGUAAGACUGCUGCUGGGGCGGGUGUGUAAACCGUAAAUGUAUGACGCACAGGAAUGCAAGGAAGGAAUGAGCGUUGGCUAGAGUGUUGGAUCUGGUAAUAGAGUAAAGCGUGUGUGCUUUUCUACGAUGGAAGUCGUUCCAGCAGGGGGGUUGCUAUGUAAUUGUGGAGGCAAGGUGCUUGAAAGGCAGGGUAUGUAGGAGAUGUGUGGCGGGCUAGGAAGGCGUAUGAUAGGGGCACGGCGGAACUGUGUAGCACUUGCUUUACCUGCGUGCAGAAAACAUCUGGAUAACUAGCGCAGACGCUGUACACGAAUCCGAGCACUUGCAAGUUUUAAGACACUGCUCCAGUGGCAGCAGCAGCAGGUGUAUGGUUAGUUACGUUGCUUUUACUACUUGCGGACAGAAAGCAUUGUAUGAAACCGUGACCGACCAACUGGGUGUUUGCGUGGCAACUAAUAGAAAGAACCCUAAAACACUACUUACGGUAUUACAUGGGUUGUAUAAUUUGCUAACGCGCGAAGCACUUGUUUUGCCUGUUGCUUGUAGCGUUUUACGUACAGUAAUGAUGCGUCUGAUGGGUUGAUGUAUGGUUAUGAGGUAUUGCAACAAAUGUGGAUUGGGCUUUACGAAACCUCUGUCGGGUGGCAGAGAGAGCAUUCAGCGUCUGGGCCGGUGCUUGCCUGCCUACCUGCUAGCAUGGUUGUAUCUGCGGCGACGCAGGUGCGUGUGGGCGAGGAAUCCAUGGGGCCUUUCUUAAAGCUCGUCACUAGGAGCUCCAAGCAUGCGUUUUGCGGAUUGGGCUUGUUUAAGAUACCGGUAUGGCGAGAUCAUUGUAAGCUCGACCAACCAAGGCAAUCAGGGAUGUUGCUGAGUCAAGGGUUACUAAGAACCGACAAUACUGGUGUGUGGGAUAUGUAUUACUCAUUCGUUACGACCCGGGGGCAUGCAGCGUCGUACAUGCCCCCUAACGGCUCUAUUGCUUUCACAAAUUAGCCGUUGUGCAUGAAUUGAAGGUUUUUGCCAGGUUCUGCUGUUUGGACGUCGUAGGCUGUACCUUAUGACUCUGCAGUGGGAUUCCAAGAAGACCCGCAUGCAUCGCGCUAUUCCUGCUUCUCGAGGGUGGUUUCCUGUGUGUGCUUGUUCAUUCGUGACUUGUUCAUUCGCUACAUUCUUUCUCGCUAAAUCUGCACUGUUUGCAACGUGCGGUGUGUACGCCGUUGCUGGUGGAGCACUGGAGUUGUGUGUGCAGUCUGCAUGUCUGAGGCCCUGGGUGAGGGCGCGUGAGGUGUGGCAGUAUAAUGUUGGGAGCUGUAACCCUAAACGCCUUAUACUUGCUUUUCUGUUGUAAACCCGUUGAGCUCAA